CUCAUUAUACCCCAUCUACACAACCCUUCUUCCCCAACUUUUCCCCAAAUUCGAUCUUAGGGUUCUUCCCUAACUUUUCCAUUUCCCACGCGAAUCGUCUACCCCUUUCCGAUCGAAGCGGUGAAUCUUCUUCCCCGAUAACUUCUUCUGCAGCCAUCUUCCCCAACUUUUUGAUUUUGGAAAGCAAUCAUCGAAACUAGAAGAAGGAAAAAAAGAACCCAGAAGCUGCGUCGGCUUAUGGAAUAUGGGUUUUUGGAAGCAGCGUCCUCAUCCCUAUACUUUGUUCCAUCUUCAUAUCCCCUUUUCCACUAACCAGCUACUAUCCCAGCUUCAAUCGUAAUCACCACCAUCGCCACCAAGUUGCAUGUGCGGAAGAACCCUCCCGUCAUGAAUGGCGCUCCAAAAUUUCCCCUAAAACCACAAAUUUGCAACCAAAAUCCUAAUUCACAAAAACAAUCUAACCAAAACCAAAUUCAACCCCCUAGAGACCCUAAACUAGAUUCAAUUUCCCCCAAACUUCACUUUCCUCCACCACCUUGUUCGACUGAAUUUAGUCACCCAGUCCCCGACAUCCAUUCGUCUCCCACCGGUUGCUCGGCGUCGCUGCCUCCUUCGUCGUCAAGAACUCUUCCUCACCGCCAUGCGCAAGAUGGAUACUGCGCUUGCUCUGGUCCAAGUAGCUCCUCGACAAACCCCUUCAACAACCGGCAAUGGAAGAGGGAUUGGGGGCGGUGGUUGAGGGAACGUCGGAUUUUGAGGGUGGCAAUGGAUUUGGGACCCUCGACUGAACGUAGUCCUCCCGUCCACUCUUCUUCCCAGCUAGGAACACCGUCGUAUAGUGGCGGAAGUAGAACGGAGGGGGUGAGAUGAAGAGAUUUUGGCGAGGGCAGCUUAGGUUAGGACUUAGGAGGAAGAAAGGGAGAGGUGGGAAGACGUAGAGCUUGGUGGAACAUAUUCAAUCUCUCGUUAGGAGAUUUCUUUUAUAAUUUUUAAUUUAAUGAAAAUUAAAGGAUAAA